AUGCACCUCAGCCACCAGCUACCACCCACCGAAUUCGUUUCUGGUAGUGGCUCAAAGUCAUCGCCUCAAGAAUCUCGCGAAAUCUGUUUAACUCGAGCUUUGGAUGCUUUUCGUCGGUGCCAACAACUCUGGGAGAUUCGACACCGUCUUCUCGGUCCAGCCACGGACCAAAACGCUGAUGUAAACAAGGGAGACUCGAACCAAGCUGAUCAACUGGACACGGAAGAGCCAGAUUCAGUUACAUGCUCGCGUGAAAUGGCACAACUUUUGCCGGCAAAAUUGCAACAUAUGAAGAAUGCUUCCUAA